UUCUACGCCUUUUUCUACCAACAUACUAACAGUAGAAGAAGACGUCCGUAGAAGAAGAACAUGCAAGAUGACGACUCUGCUUUAUGCGCUUGUAAAGGCAUCCGGCGGUGUUUAAAGUGUGAAAAUGUGAAGGGGAUAGGACAAUUGGAGGCAAAUGAAUCCAAAGUUGUGCAUCAUUUCCUGUACGAUCCUGAGACGAGGCUUGCUGUUCCCAGAGAUGCAGAGACUUCGUCCUUCCCUUUCCCCGGGGUCUUCCUGCGGGAGGACUUCAUCUCGGAGGAAGAAGAGGAGCAGCUGAUCAGGACGAUGGACGGAGACGUCUGGAACAACUCGCAGUCAGGACGCAGGAAACAGGAUUUUGGUCCCAAAGUGAACUUCAAGAAGCAGAAAGUGCGAGUCAGCAGUUUCUCUGGACUCCCUGCUGUGAGUCGGACUCUGGUGGUCCGGAUGCAGAAUGAGCCGACGUUGGCAGACUUCAGACCGGUGGAGCAGUGUAACCUGGACUACCAUCCCCAGCGCGGAUCCUCCAUCGAUCCCCACCUGGACGACGCCUGGCUGUGGGGGGAGCGGCUGGUCACCGUCAACAUGUUGUCAGACACAACGCUCACCAUGUCCCUGGAGGAGGGGCUUAAAGAGUCGGGGCUAACAGAGGAAGUCCAGGUCGCCGUGCAUCUUCCUCGAAGGUCUCUGGUCGUUUUGCUCGGCGAGGCGAGACACCGGUGGAAACACUCGAUCCGCCGGGAGGACGUUCAGGAACGCCGAGUCUGCAGCACCUUCAGAGAGCUGUCUGAGGACUUCCUGUCGGGGGGGAAACAUGCAGAGCUGGGGGCUCAGCUGCUGGACAUUUCACUGAGCUUCAGAGGGACACCAAUAUAGACUUAGCAGAAUCAGGAAACGCAUUAUUUAUUAUGUAAGAUCAGAUCAAUUCAAUUUAAAUUAAAUAGAAUUUAAAUAAAUAUUAAAAUAAUAAAAUGUGCACAUUGUACUACAAGAAAAGAAAUGUCUUUUAUUUUAUUCUAUUAAUACGAGUAAUUUGCAAUAGUAACCGGUACGUAGUUAUACCCAGAUUUCAUGAAAAUAUAUAUUGUUUUUAUGUAAUAUUUGGUCUUUAACUGUGUCUAUGAAUGCACCAAAUACACCAAGUCGAAUUCCUUGUAUGUGUUAACCUACUUGGCAACAAACCUGGCAAUAAAUUCUACUACAACACAUAACAUCAAUAAAUACAGUAUUACAAUUUAUCAGAAUUGAAAUACUGUAUGUAUCUCCUCGGUUGCUCCAGCUGUCUUAAGAGUUAAUUUUUUCUGCAGACCUAAAUCUGUCUUUUAAUCAAAAAUAAAAUAUUUUCUGACAAACA